UAAACAAUUCGGCAAAACCGGAGUGAUUAAAAGGAUUGGACAAAAACAGUCGUUGGUGUGUGAGAGCCGGUGGUUACAAAAGCUUCACGAUGAUGGCGACUAUGAAUGCUCCUCCAACGUCUCUCCGAUUCAAACUCUGCAGUCAUGCUACUGUUGAUAGCAACCAUGUACAUGUUCCGUUCUGGCGUAACUUAGCAGCUGUUAAUCUUUUCUCCACAAAUCAAAGUCUAGAUGGAAGGAUAUUGAAGUCCUACAACUCUCAUAAGGGUCUCAACUCCUUUGUUAGACCACUACUAGCUGCUGAACCAGGUGUCGCAGCUUCUAUAUCAGAUGAAAACGUGGUAACAGUAAAAAAUGCAAAUGUACUUGUGGAGUCGCAAGACGAUGAUAAGAUGCAAGUAAAAGUGGAAUUACCAGGGAAGGAAACGCAAAUAGUAUUUGAUAAAGUUUUGGCGAAUUUGGCUCGUACAGCACCACCUGUUCCUGGAUUCCGCAGACAAAAAGGAGGGAAAACAUCCAAGGUCCCCAAAAGCUUCCUAUUGUCGAUUAUCGGUGAAGAUCGUGUUACGAAAUUUGUCAUUCAGGAAAUAGUUAGCUCCACAAUGGCUGAUUAUGUGAAGAAGAACAAUAUUCCUGUGAAGGACAACAGGGUAAACACCAUCCAGUCUAUAGACGAGCUACAAUCGUCAUUUUCCCCGGGGAUUGAUUUUGGAUUCAAUGCAACACUUGAGCUCGAAAAGGAGCUCGAAAAACCAGAUGAUCAAACAAGCAGCUCAGACUCUUCUGAAGCAUGAAUAUUAUAAAAAAAAAUAAAAAUAAAAACAUUUCACAUUGUUUAUAUCUUUUAAUUCGAGUAAAUGACUUAGUAAUUCACAUUCUUGAUUCUUUUAAUGGUUACACUCAUCUCCCUUUCAGAGACAA